UGCAUUUGAAGUUGUACCUCCUUAGACCCUCAUUCCAUUUGAUCUGGGUUUUUGUACAUCCUUGCCAUUCUCAACACCACAAAGGCGUGUUUGUUCUGUGGCCAAGGAGGGGCUAGAUGCAGCCUUCUAGUGAUUUUACCUCACCUGGUUGUACAGCACUUCUGAACUGCCUUGGGGCAAGAUCUCUUUCUGUCCAAGGUAAAACAGCUACACGUCCAAACAAAACAAAACAAAACUGAUGUGCUCCUAUUUUGCCUCUGCAGAGCUUCAGUUCUGGGCAAUAAUCCUCAUCUGCGUUUUUGCCUUGCUUGGGUUCAUUCUCCUCCUGUUGUUAUGCUUCCUGAUUGUCUUUUGCCUAAGAAGAAAGUCAGAUCUGUACCAGGUUCAGCAGGGCAUGUACGGUGUGUUCUUCCCACAUCUGGGCACAAAAAUCCAUUGACAGAACAGGUGAAGUAUUGUCUUCACAGUCCUGUCAUCCGUUCAUGAAGGAAAGAAAAAUGUUUACAAAUACUAGAAAAAUGUUUCUUUAAUAAAUUAUGUUUAGCAUUUUCUCUUGUCUUGGGGUAAAUCUUUGCAUUCUUACCACAAUUAUUUUCAUACUAUGGGAAAUUGCCAACAACACAGUUUCAUCCCAAACCAGAAAAUGCAUCUGUCCCAUCAAGAUCUCUGAUUAAACAUCCCAUAGUAUAGGGCCUGAUGUCACCUUUAUGGACACUGGGACUUUUCCUGCCCUUCCAACCACAGCAGUGCCCAUGAGCUCAGAGCACCACAGCUUGCUGCAGAGCACAGAGGGAGGUGGUGCUGAUCUCUAGGUAAUUAUUCAAUGCUAUCAUUAGACUCUGUGCUGAAAGUGAAAGCACUAGAGUUAAUGAAACCACGAUUAGUCAUUAAUCCUUCCACUGCAGGCAAGGUUUCCAUGCAAACUGCCUUUUUACUUUCAAAGCAAACCUCCUCAGGGCAGGUUGGACCGGUUUACCUCCCAGGUCAGGUUCCUCACUGCACAGCAGAGCCUGAGGAAUAGAAACCUUUUUGCUUGAUCAAACAAAGGUUUUCAAGCACCCAGGAUUAUGUCAGCAUCACCAGCUUAAAAGCUUUCUGCAGCAGCUUGUGAAAGACUUUGCAGGUUUCUGUGCCACCCACAUGUGACAGCAGCCGCGAUAGCAAAGCUGUGAGCAAAGGACUUUCCAGCUCCAGCUUUGAAGGCUCUAUCCCACAUCUUCCCCACAUCCCAUGUCCCUGCCGUGCCUGAGCAUCCCCCUCCCUCUACCCAAGGAGGUGCAAGGGAUGCAAACAGUGGGACAGCGCAGGGUGCGGAGAUGUGGCAGCCAGCACGCACCACACUGCUGUUUUGUAGAGCCAUUUCCUAGAGGUGCUGAGUUUUCUUUUUUUAAAUGCUGUGCCCACAGAGCAGAGCUGCUGCAGUGCUGUGAGCUCUGCCACCUCCUGCUCCUCUCCCAGGGCUUUGCCGAGACCAGGAGCGGCUGGCACUUGUCUUAGAGAACACAUCAGCAGCCCCUGUGCUGGCACUGCUGCCCCAUGCAGCCACUGGGACAAAACCUUGCAUUGUCCCCAUGGAGCUCCUGGCAGCACCCUGGGUCCAGUACAGACCUGAGAGCACUGGGACAAACUUUCCUGUACCACAGCAAGUUACAAACACUGAUGUAAUUCAGAAAAACCUUAGUUUAGAUGCAGCAUAGCAGCACUUAACACUCUCUGACCUAUUUGAGGGCACUCCAGAGAGCCAAGAAACCAUCCCAGCAAUACCAUGCUACUCCAUUUCCUGAGGUGUUGCUGCAGACAUGUCCUCUGCAGAAGGAGCCACUGCUGGACAUGUCAAGCAUUCCCCUCUCCCUGGCUCAGCCACCAGUGCUCCCUGGAAAACCAGGGCAUGCAUCAUACAUCCAACCUUACUAACUUUUGCCACCAUGGGCAGAGCAUCCAAACCCAGUCCUGCCAGUCUCCUCCACCCAGCCCCUAAAAGCCAUGCUGCAGUUAACAAAGCUGAAAUACACUUAAGGAGCACCAAGGCAGCCAAGGGCAUUUGAUACCAGUCCAGAUACCUUACUGAAGAGCUGCAGAAAGGAAGCUAAGAGAGCAGCAGCAGCUUGAGCAUGCCAUGGGGAUGGCUGAUACCCUCUGUGGGCCUGCUUCCUAAGAAGAAGUGACCUGCACACACCAUGGCACUGCUGAGCAUCCUUGCAUGAUGUCACAAUGCGCUCCCUGUUUUGCUUGGACCUGUGCCUACGUUUGCUAUGGAGCUGUGGUUCACAACUAGAGCCCACAGCAGCUCAUAGUGACACAGGCAGCCCAGCCCUGGCCAUGACCUGGCCUCAGGCACUGCACAGUUCCUGGAAUGGGGCACCACCCGUUCCCUGUGGUGGGGAUUAGUCUGCAGGGCCCCAGCUGAGCAGCAGGGUCAUGCCCUAGGCCAGCCUCAGCUCCUUUCCUCCCAGCAACAUCUUUGCCCCCUACUGUCCCAUUCCUGCAUUGUGCAAAUGCCAUUCCUCUGCAUUUCUGUCCUCACGUUCAUCCUAACUCCAUGGAAGAUCCACAUUCUCUCUUUCUCUAUUAUGUUCCAUCCAGACCUCACCAACACUGCCCUGGUAACUGCUGCUCCAUAAUAGACAGUGCAUCAGCCUCCUUUUCAGCUCUUUAAACAUUUGAUGCUGAACACUGCAGACAAGGAACUACAAUGACAAGAUUCAUCUGCGUCUCCUUGCUUUUCUCAGCAACUCUUCUUCACUUGUGCCCUCAUUUACAAAAAUUCUCUGCUGGCUAUGGAAACAGUCACCAGAAAGUCAUUUGGGUAUCACCCAGGCUCCUCUCUAAACUCCCAUCCCCAGCACUACUCAUGCAAUGUUCCCAUCCUUCUUGGUCCUCAAUGGAGACAAGAACUCAGUUUCCCCAAGCCACCCCAGCCACUGCCAUAUCCAGACCACCUGCCCUGCACACAGGCAGCACCUGACUCUAGGUUGGCUUUAUCUUUCUUGCUCAUCCCCUUCAUUGCUUUGCUGCUAAUUGUCCCUCAUCAUCCUUUUCCCCCACCCUGCUCCAUGAGAUUCCAUGAGCUUGGUGCAGACAAAAUGAGAAACACCGGCACCACCAGCACUGAAUGGCGUUGCUCCAACCUUCCCUCAAGAAACAAACUCACACUUCCCUCCAAGCCACUGCUGGAUCUGGUUCCUCUUUGCUUUGCAAGGCCCACCUGUUCCUAUCCAGCAAAACCCACUAGCUUUAGGGGGCAGCAAGAGAAAGAAAAUGAAGAAACCAUUCUCACAUUGCAGCUUUCUCACACUGCAGUUUGCUCAAUACAGCAGCAUGAGGAGGAGCAUUGAUGCAAUGCAUCUUUUCAUCAGCUUUCAUGCCCACAGUGCAGCUCCACUGUGGGCCUUCUGUGAGUGCUGAGCCCAGCAGGAAGCACAGGGCUGCUUUCCUUGGGUAUGUAUAAGCACAAAGACUCAUGGAGCUGUUUUCCUUCUGCGUGUGUAACCACAAAGCUGCUGCUCUGGUCACACUGUACCACGAGGGAUGCCCCCAGACACUGGUUUCUGGCCAAGCAGCACUAAAGAAACAGCAGAGCAAGCUCUAGAGCAGACCACAACCCCUCCCCAAAACACACAUACUGGUGUGAGCUGGCGAUGGGCAUCAUCCUCAUUUUGUCCCCACACUCCUGCCAGAAAGUAGCCAGUACCUUUAGAUGCCAUGCAUGGCAUUCUCCCCUGCUGCCACAGCUCAGCCUGGAUGAUGUCACAGUACCCUCCAGCAUGUCACAGUUUGGCAGAUUCUGCCCAAGCCCACUCAGGGGAAUUUACUGCCCAGCUCUGUUUCCUAGGCAAUGUUCUGAGAUGGAGAGGCCACAGGAAGGUGGGAUGGGGCCUUCCCAAGAUGGGGACUCUCUACAGACAGAGAACUAUUCCUCAAUCUUUAUACUCCAUCAGUGCCACCCAGAUGAGCUGGAGCUAGGCUCCGUCAGCAGCUUCUCCUCCAGUACUGUCAACUGCUCCAGCAGCGAGGGCCCGAGCAUGGGUCCAAUUGUGAUUGAUAUGGGCACAAGGAGCUGCAGAGCAGGGUUUUCUGGAUACCAUUCCCCCAGCGCUGAGGUCAGCACCCUGGUGGGCCACUGUAUGAGCUCAGAAGAAGCCAGGGCUAGGGUGGUUAUUGGAGAGGAGGCAUUGCUGUACCCUGACACUAAAACCACAGAGGUGAUGCACAAUGGCUUCAUCAUUAACUGGGAGGCAGCUGAAAGCCUAUGGAAGUACCUCCUUGAACAUGAGCUCCGGGUGAACCCUGAGGACCACGCGCUGCUCCUCACAGAGCCACUGUUCAGCCCCACCAGCAGCCGGGAGAACAUGGCAGAGGUGGCUUUCGAGGUGCUGGGCACUCCGGGUCUCUUUGUUGCCCCUCAGUCGGUCCUCUCUGCUUAUGCAUAUGGCAAGAUCAGUGCUCUGGUGCUGGAUAUGGGCCACGAGGCCACCCGUGUCGUGCCGGUGCUGGAGGGCAGGAGCAUGGCAUGCAACUCCAGUCAGACAGACGUGGCAGGACGGUGCCUUACAUGGUAUCUUUCAACUCUUCUGGAGGACAUGGGGCAAGUGCUCAGCAAGGGGAUGAUCCACAUGGUGGAGGGCAUCAAGCAUGCAUGCUGCUACAUUGCUGAUGACUUCCAAAGCGAGUGUCUCCUCCCACCCAGCUCCCACACCAUGGAUAUUUCCCUGCCCAAUGGGAUGAUGCUUACCCUCAGCAAGGAGCGCUUCCAGUGCCCAGAGGUGCUCUUCAACCCUCCGUCCAGCUGGGGAGAUUCCUUUGUGAGCAUCCAGGAGACAGUGCAGAAGAGCGUUGCGCAGCUCCCAGAGGAAAUCACACCCACCAUGUGUGCCAAUAUUGUCCUGUGUGGGGGCUCCUCGCUCUUCAAAGGGCUACAGAAGAGGCUGUGCAAUGAGCUCCUGGGUCACCUGCCAUUCAGCACUACUAUGAAGGUGGGGGGCUCAGAGCUGCGGCGACAUGCAGCGUGGACAGGAGGAUCCAUCCUCGCCUCACUCUGCAACUUCCAGUCAUGUUGGAUCCGCCGUGAUGAGUACUAUGAGGUAGGGCCACACAUCGUCCACCAGAAAUACUUCUGA